AUAUACCAAAAAUUAAAAUGAAAUAUUUCGCUGUUUUGUUGCUCAUCUGCUGCCUGAUGGCAAGUGCUUUGGCUGCCCUUAAGAAUCCUGCCUGUGGUGAAGAGUUUGGCAAAAUUGGCGAUUGUCGUGCCCUGCAGAACAAGUGGACCUAUCGUCGUGACACGAACGAGUGCAUUCAGUUCAAUUACAGCGGAUGCCAUGGCAAUAACAAUCUAUUCGAAAAUAAGAAACAAUGUGAACAGACCUGCAAAGUUUAAAUACAAAUUAUAGUUUAUUUUCAAA